AUGGAGGAUAUCUUUUCGUGGUGUAAAGAAGGCAAUGCCAUCCAAGUUCGUGUGUGGUUGGACGACACGGAAAACGACUUAAAUCAGGGAGAUGAUCACGGCUUCAGUCCGUUACAUUGGGCCUCCUGGUCAGGACAUGGAAGCAUUGUUGAUUUGCUGAUCAAACGAGGCGCGAGAGUCAAUGCAACAAAUCGAGGCGAUGACACUGCAUUGCAUCUUGCUGCCGCUCAUGGUCAUCGUGAUGUACUUCAUAUGUUGCUGCGAAAUAAGGCUGACGUGAAUGCGGUGAAUGAGCAUGGGAACACACCAUUACAUUAUGCGUGUUUCUGGGGAUACGCUGGAGUUGCCGAAGACUUGGUGAACGCAGGUGCCUUGGUGUCGAUCGCGAACAAAUACAAUGAAGUUCCCCUGGACAAAUGCAAAGGCGCUCUUCCGACUAAGCUUCACGAUUUGGCUUACAAGAGUGGGCAAGAUCUAAAGAAGAUUGCAUUCAAGGACCAAAGCUGGCUCGGGUUGAAAACCAGAAGUCGAGAUGCAACUUUAUCGAGACAUAAAGGCAUAGAUUACAACGAUUUACAUCUGGAGAGAUGCAUUGGUGCUUCGCCAUCCGGGGAAACAUGGCGUGGCAAAUGGCAGGAAAACGAAAUCGUUGCAAAGGUUCUUGCCGUCAGAACAAUCACGAGUCGUGUUCUUCGUGAUUUCAAAGACGAAUUCCCUCGACUCCGAAUUUUUUCACAUCCGAACAUCUUGCCCGUGAUUGGCGCCUGCACGGAAGCCCCGCAACUGUACGUUAUCAGCCAGUACAUGCCGUUCGGUUCCCUUUUCGACAUUCUUCACCGACAAAACUCAUCACACCAAUCGUCGCAUGCCGUCGUGGUGGACCUGACGUUGGCAUUGAGGUUCGCAUCGGAUGUCGCUCGUGGAAUGGCAUUUUUGCACUCGCUGGAGAAGCCAGAUGUCCGCUUGUUCCUCAAUUCGAAACACAUCAUGAUUGACGAGGAUAUGACUGCCCGAAUCAACAUGGGUGACGUUAAAUUCAGCUUUCAAGAGCGUGGCAAGAUGUUCAGUCCGCAGUGGGUGGCGCCUGAAGCGUUGCAGAAAAGAAGCGAAGAUAUUAACGUUAAAGCUGCGGACAUGUGGAGCUAUGCGGUGUUGUUGUGGGAGUUGGCCACUCGCCAAGUGCCAUUUGCUGAUUUUGGACCAAUGGAGGCUGGCAUCAAGAUCGCUCUGGAAGGAUUGAGGCUGUCCAUCCCGCCGGGAAUUUCUCAUCAUCUGGCGCGUCUGAUCCGUAUUUGCAUGAACGAAGACCCGGGCAAGCGUCCGAAUUUUGACAUGCUGCUACCAAUUCUGGACAAGAUGAAAGCCGCUUGAACAUCAAAACAGCGAGGGGGGAAAAAGCAAGAACUGAAAUCGCGCGAAAAAUCCAACAAUCGUAAAGACAUGAGCAUUUGGAACCUCUUGUCAGUAAUCAACUUCCUUAAAAAGGCAGUUAACUCGAUUGGUGCUGAGCAUUUAAUGUGUUAAUCAGGACAAAAGUAUUGCUAAAAGAUAACAGGAUUGUGUACAGCGUAUUUUUCGGCGAAGAAACAGUUGCCUUAGGAAUGGUGAGGGAAAAGUUUCUUGGUUGUUUUGCCAUCAUUUUACGGAGGCCCUCCUUGGCGCGUGUGUGUGUUUAAUUAAUUUUAUACGCAAGGAGUAAUGCGGUUUGUCAGUUACCCCGUCCUGUUCGUGUCGCUUUACUUUUGUAUGCCCUCUUGUCAUUUGAAGAUGUGCGGGGCGCGAUUAAGUCCGGGCCUUGUGAAGUACUUGAAACCACAGAACUAAGGCCAUGGCGUAUUCUAUUACUUCCCCGCUCCUAUAAUGCUUCUCUUCGAUUUGUCAGUGUGAAUUAAUUUUGGAUUACAUUUUUCAAACGUACAGUACUUGAAGGCGGAUCUGCGAGCAUCAAAUAGAAGACACGGUUCCCGUACUUGAGUCAAUCAUAACUUCCUCUCAAUGACAUCUCCUCUGGGAAUAAUUCUCCUAGAUGGUCAUUGACUGUUUGGGGAUGGUGAUCAGCGGUGAAAGAGUUUUUGAAGUGCGUGUAGGUAUUAGCAUCCAGGGAUUCGUGCAGAAGGAUUUUUUUCAUUUCUGUUCGAUUUUCCGUGUGUAGCGAUCGAACGCAUGACUAAUAAUGGAUCUUUCUCCAACUCCGACGCUUAUCAUGUGUAUUGGAUUGGAACCGUUUUUUUUUUUUUUUCUAUUGAUGUUCUUCCGCAAGAAUUAAUGAACUGAGGAGUUCUCGUGCUA